UGUCCUCCAGCUCAGUUCGCGUGGGGAGGCUGGAGGCCCCGCGCGCGGGGAAGCCCUGCGGCGACCAGAACCCGGGGAGCUGCUGGAGCGUCAGGGCGAGCGCGCCGCCCUACGGCUCGCCGGCCUCCGCGACCGAGGGGGGCUCAGUCCUCACCCCCCGUCUCCUGCGGGUCCCGCGUUUGGCUCAUCCGCUGUGGUUCCUCCCCAGGUCGCAAUGGAUCUUGAAGGCGGCCAGAAUGGAAGAGCAGGGAAGAACUUCUUGAAAAUGGGCAAAAAAAGUAAAAAAGAUGAGAAGAAAGAAAAGAAACCAACUGUCAGUACAUUUGCAAUGUUUCGCUAUUCGAAUUGGCUUGAUAGGUUGUAUAUGGUGCUGGGGACUUUGGCUGCCAUCGCCCAUGGAGCUGGACUCCCCCUCACAAUGCUGGUGUUUGGAGACAUGACAGAUGCCUUUGCAAAUGCAGGCAAGCCAGGAAACAUAACUUUUACAAACAUAACUAAUGAAAGUUCCAUCAACCUUACAUAUGUCUUCGACCUGGAGAAGGAGAUGACCACGUAUGCCUAUUAUUACACUGGAAUUGGUGCUGGUGUGCUUAUUGCUGCUUACAUUCAGGUUUCAUUCUGGUGCCUGGCAGCUGGAAGACAAAUACUUAAAAUUAGGAAACAAUUUUUUCAUGCUAUAAUGCGACAGGAGAUAGGCUGGUUUGACGUGCAUGAUGUUGGGGAGCUUAACACUCGGCUUACAGAUGAUGUUUCCAAAAUCAAUGAAGGAAUUGGUGACAAAAUUGGAAUAUUCUUUCAGUCAAUGGCAACGUUUUUCACUGGCUUUAUAGUAGGAUUUACACGUGGUUGGAAGCUAACCCUGGUGAUUUUGGCCAUCAGUCCUGUUCUUGGACUGUCAGCUGCCAUGUGGGCAAAGGUUCUAUCUUCAUUUACUGAUAAAGAACUCUUGGCAUAUGCGAAAGCUGGAGCAGUCGCUGAAGAGGUCUUAGCAGCUAUUCGAACUGUGAUUGCAUUUGGAGGACAAAAGAAAGAACUUGAAAGGUACAACAAAAAUUUAGAAGAAGCUAAAAGAAUUGGGAUAAAGAAAGCUAUUACAGCCAACAUUUCUAUGGGAGCCGCAUUCCUGCUGAUCUAUGCAUCAUAUGCCCUGGCAUUUUGGUAUGGGACCUCCUUGGUUCUCUCAGGAGAAUAUUCUAUUGGAGAAGUGCUCACUGUCUUCUUUUCUGUAUUAGUUGGGGCUUUUAGUGUUGGACAAGCAUCUCCAAGCAUUGAAACAUUUGCAAAUGCAAGAGGAGCAGCUUACGAAAUCUUCAAGAUAAUUGAUAAUAAGCCACGCAUUGACAGCUUUUCGAAGAAUGGGCACAAACCAGAAAAUAUUAAGGGAAAUUUGGAAUUCAAAAAUGUUCACUUCAACUACCCAUCUCGAAAAGAAGUUCAGAUCUUGAAGGGCCUCAACCUGACGGUUCAGAGCGGGCAGACGGUGGCCCUGGUGGGGAACAGCGGCUGUGGGAAAAGCACUACGGUCCAGCUGAUACAGAGGCUCUAUGACCCCACCGAGGGCGUGGUCAGCAUCGAUGGACAGGACAUCCGAACCAUCAAUGUAAGGUAUCUGCGGGAAAUCAUUGGUGUGGUGAGUCAGGAACCUGUGCUGUUUGCCACCACAAUAGCCGAAAACAUUCGUUAUGGCCGUGACAAUGUCACCAUGGAUGAGAUUGAGCAAGCUGUGAAGGAAGCCAACGCCUAUGACUUUAUCAUGAAACUGCCUAAUAAAUUUGACACCCUGGUUGGAGAGAGAGGGGCCCAGCUGAGUGGUGGACAGAAACAGAGAAUCGCCAUCGCUAGGGCCCUGGUUCGAAACCCCAAGAUCCUGCUGCUGGAUGAGGCCACGUCAGCCCUGGACACUGAAAGUGAAGCCGUGGUCCAGGCAGCCCUGGAUAAGGCCAGAAAAGGCCGCACCACCAUUGUGGUAGCUCAUCGGUUGUCUACAGUUCGUAAUGCUGAUGUCAUUGCUGGUUUUGAUAAUGGAGUCAUUGUGGAGAAAGGAAAUCAUGAUGAACUCAUGAGAGAGAAAGGCCUUUACUUCAAACUUGUCACAAUGCAGACAAGAGGAAAUGAAAUUGAGUUCGAAAAUGUAAAUGGUGAAACCAAAAAUGAAAUGAAUGCGUUGGAAAUGUCUCCAAAGGAGUCAGGAUCCAGUCUAAUAAGAAGAUCAACUCGCAAGAGUAUCCAGGCAACGCAAGGCCAAGAGAGAAAGCUUAGUACAAAAGAGGCCUUGGAUGAAAAUGUACCUCCAGUUAGCUUUUGGAGGAUUCUGAAACUGAAUAUAACCGAAUGGCCUUAUUUCGUGGUUGGUAUAUUUUGUGCCAUUAUCAAUGGAGGCCUGCAACCAGCGUUUUCAGUAAUAUUUUCAAAGAUCAUAGGGAUUUUUAUCAGAGAUGAUGAUCCUGAAACAAAACGACAGAACAGUAACACUUUUUCACUGUUGUUUCUAAUCCUUGGAAUUAUUUCUUUUAUUACUUUUUUCCUUCAGGGCUACACAUUCGGCAAAGCCGGAGAGAUCCUCACCAAGCGGCUUCGGUACAUGGUUUUCAGAUCCAUUCUGAGACAGGAUGUGAGCUGGUUCGACGAACCCAAAAACACCACCGGAGCACUGACGACCAGGCUUGCCAAUGACGCUGCUCAAGUCAAGGGGGCUACAGGCUCCAGGCUUGCUGUAAUUGCCCAGAAUAUAGCAAAUCUUGGGACAGGCAUUAUUAUAUCUUUAAUCUAUGGCUGGCAAUUAACACUUUUACUCUUAGCCAUUGUACCCAUCAUUGCAAUCGCAGGACUUAUUGAAGUGAAAAUGUUGUCUGGACAUGCACUAAAAGAUAAGAAAGAACUAGAAGGUGCCGGGAAGAUUGCUACUGAAGCAAUUGAAAACUUCCGAACUGUAGUUUCUUUGACUCAAGAGCAGAAGUUUGAAUAUAUGUAUGCACAGAGUUUGCAAAUACCAUACAGAAACUCUUUGAAGAAAGCACACAUCUUUGGAAUCACGUUUUCCAUCACCCAGGCAAUGAUGUAUUUUUCCUAUGCUGGUUGUUUCCGGUUUGGUGCCUACUUGGUGGCACAUAAUUUCAUGGACUAUGAAGGUGUUCUGUUGGUGUUUUCAGCUGUUGUCUUUGGUGCCAUGGCAGUGGGGCAGGUCAGUUCCUUUGCUCCUGAUUAUGCCAAAGCCAAAGUGUCAGCAUCCCACAUCAUCAUGAUCAUUGAAAAAGUCCCCGUGAUUGACAGCUAUAGUACAGAAGGCCUGAAGCUGAAUACAUUGGAAGGAAAUGUGACAUUUAAUGAAGUCGUGUUCAACUAUCCCACUCGACCAGACAUCCCCGUGCUUCAGGGGCUGAGCCUGGAGGUGAAGAAAGGCCAGACGCUGGCCCUGGUGGGAAGCAGCGGCUGCGGGAAGAGCACGGUGGUCCAGCUCCUUGAGCGGUUUUAUGAUCCUUUGGCCGGAAAAGUGAAAUAUAACACUAAAGUAGGAGACAAAGGCACUCAGCUCUCUGGUGGCCAGAAACAGCGCAUCGCAAUAGCCCGCGCCCUUGUGAGGCGACCUCAUAUUCUGCUCUUGGAUGAAGCUACAUCGGCUCUGGAUACAGAAAGUGAAAAGGUUGUCCAAGAAGCCCUGGACAAGGCCCGAGAAGGCCGCACCUGCAUUGUGAUCGCUCACCGCCUGUCCACCAUCCAGAAUGCAGACUUAAUAGUGGUGUUUCAGAACGGCCGCGUCAGGGAGCAUGGCACCCACCAGCAGCUGCUGGCGCAGAAAGGCAUCUACUUUUCCAUGGUCAGUGUCCAGGCUGGAGCCAAGCGCUAAGGAACUGUGACUAUAUGAGCUGUUAAAUAUUUUCUAAUAUUUGUGUUAAAAGAUGUCAUUUAAUCAAAGUUAAAAAAUGAGCACUUAUUAGAAAAAACUAUGUAGAGUUACCUGUUUACUAUUUCCUGACACACAGUCAUUCCACCAAGUUCAGAGUCUUCAGAGACUUUAAAGGAACCAGAAGAAACAUCAUCACAUGGAAUAAAAUAAUGGUUGUAAUUGCAUUAGAAAAUGUAUAGAAUAAUUGAAAGUAGAUUUUGUUCAUAAAAUGUAUAACUUUUGUUUAUAUUUUCUUAUUUGGACUGUAACUGACUGUCUUGCUAAAAAAUGAUGGAAGUAGCAGCAAGUACUGAGUGUUUUGCCUAAAGUGCCUAUAAUAAAGCUAAACGUUUAUAUGA